UUGUUGAUGUUUACGUGUAGAACGUGAAUGACGAAUCGUUUAAAUUAUGUCGCAAAUAUAAAUUAAACGAACCACAUAUUUAUUACAAUGGUCUCUCGAUCGAGAUAAUAUUGCAAAGUAUAAAUUCUUGUAGCGAUAAAAUGCUCGAUACAGAGCAGGAUAAUGUUCUGAAACAAGGCACUGAACGAGAUAUAAUACUCGAGGAACAUCAAACGAUCGUGGAGGAUCUCAAACGGGACUUGGAAUUAUGCAAGGUAGAACAAAAUAAUAUACGAACCGAAUUAGAAAUUCUGCAAAAUGAAAGCCCCAAAAUUAACGAUAUACAUGAGUCUUUUAAUCGAAUUCGUAAGGAAGAAUGCAAUAGCCAAGAUACGUAUAAGAAAGAAAUAGCAAAUUUACAAGAGUGUAUUACACUAUUGGAAAGUGAAAAAGAUUCGGUUCAGCAAUUGUGGCAUAUUUCAUUGAAUACAGUAAGUGCCUUAGAAGAAGAAUUAAAAAGGCUUCGUACAGAUGAGAAAAGUACACAAUUUUAUCAGGAACAUGCAAAUGCUAUUAAGGAGAGUUAUUCUGAAGCUAUUAAAAUGUUGGAGGAAAAGCUAUCGCAGACCAAAAAUAAUUUUGUUAAACAGCAAAUGCUGUAUCAGACAAGUAAAGAAAAAGUUGAAAAUUUAAGUAAAGAAAAGAAUGAACUUUUGGAGAAGUUUGAAAGUUUGCAAAAAGAUGCUCAAGAUAAAGAUAGGAAUAACCAGGUGAUGAUAGAGACACUGAAAAAAGAAUUGGCUUACACUAAAGCAGAGACUAAUAAAAUAGUACAAACCAAAUUGGAUUUGGAAAAAAAAUUGAAUGAAGUUAAGAGAUAUGCUGACAAUAUAAUGGUAAAGGAUAAGGAAACCAAGAAUAAAAUGGCAGAAGCCAUUGAACUGAUAGAAUCUGCAGUUAGGGAAAAGGAUUUAGUACUUCAUCGCGAAGUACUUGUUUUGGAAGAAAAGGCCAGAGUAGAACAUCAGUUAUCGCUAAUAGCAAAUGAAUAUGAUGCAAAGAUACGAGAAUUAAAUAAAAAAACGCAAGAAGAAAUUGAAUUAAGUACAAAUAAAUAUUUAACAGAAAUUAAAGAGCUUAAAAUAGAAUUACGAGAGAAGACAGCAUUGGUAGAGAAAACUCAAAGAGAACUGAAAUUUGCAGAAGAGGCAUUGUGUAAAAUACGUAAAGACUGCGACGUAAAAAUAUUGGAUUACGAGCAAAAAAUAAAACGCUUAGAACUUCAGUUACAGGUGUAUGAUGAAACGAUAGCUAAGAAUAGGUAUGAUAUAGAAAUUAAACAACUGAAAGAAAAAAUUACUACACUCGAAGGCGGGCUAGUUACUUCGAACAAUAAGUUACAAAAAUUGGAACAACACAGUAUAGAAGAUCAAAUAAAAAAAGCGGACCGUGAAAACAAAGACAUAACAAAGCAAUAUUCCGAUUUAGAAAGUCAAUUGACUAAAACAUUAGGCGUUAAAGAAAAUCUCGUAUUGCAAUUAAAGUCACUGAAAAGCGAUUUUGAUUAUGAAAUACAAAAAAGAGACAAUGAAAGGCAUUCUCUUGAAAAUAAAAUUCAUGAAUUGGAAAUUAAUCUUCAGAAAAGAAACUGUACGAAAGAAUCUAAAUUACAAGAUGCUUUGGCCGACGAAACAAAUCCGUACAUGCCCGAUACAAAGCAGAAGCGUACUUUGGAUAUAACGGUAGAAAAUAAGUGUCAUUGCUGCCAAAUGGUUUUUUCGGAUCAUAUGAAUAAAUUACAGGAAAAAUUUGACAAAAAAACGAAAGAAUUAAUCUAUCAUGUUCAAGUUCAUCAGAAAUUGAGUAAAAAAUGGAGAGACGAGACAAAAUUAUUGACAGCUAAAUUUCAAAGAAAAACUAAAGAACUUAAAUGUAAAUUAAGUACACUGCAAAAGGAAAAUCAUGAAUUAAGCACAGAAUUGUUAACUUGCAAGCAGCAAAUGGCGCAACAUACAUUGCAGGACAUACAAAGAUUUAAUGUAGCAAACGAAAUAAGGUGACAAUAUUUAUCUGAACAAAUUUUACACUGGAUAUCCGAUUGUGUACAUAUUAUAAGAGUAUGUAAAUUUAUUCACAUUAAAAAUACAUUUUUCACUACAGAUACAUUUUCUGUUUUUUUUUUUAAACAU